AUGGAGGGCACUUCACCCACUUAGUGUCCUCACCCAACCACUUCAUUUAUUGGUUUAAUGUUGUGUCUAGCAUCUGUUCCUAGAAACAGUGUGAAAGGGCUUCACAGGCACCAGUCAGCUGCUUAGAAACAGUCUGGCUGGGGAACAUAUUAGAGUGAUAGUGAUCACAGAUUCCAUUUCUGCCUUAGGAACCAUACAUCAGUAGCAAAUAGUGCUCAUUUAUGAGUCAUGCGUCACCAACCCAGCAUCAUCCUUAAGCAGAGGGAGAAUACAGAGCCUUUAGUAUGAUAGAAGACACAAAGACUUACUUAUAUGAGACCAGCCACCACCACUGUUGGCAUAUGAAUACAGCUGGUGUUCAUAGCCAUCACAGGUUCACAAAAGGUACAUAAUACCUAACUCAAGCUCAGCCUACAUGAGUGAUGCAUCACCACUGCAAACUUUGUACCAAAGAAAAAUUAUGAUUAUGUUUAUAUACUAAUUUUGAAAUUAAAAGAUAUACAGAACAAUGGUAAACUUAGUAAAAAAUUAUGAGAUUCAGAAAAAUCUUAAGCUGAAAUACUUUUGACGUCACCACUUGAGACUCGGGCUGCUCCGCCACUCUGCUCCACACGGACAAGACGGAACAUGAAGACACCUGUGAGUUCCGGCCGUACAUGUGUCCCUGUCCCAGUGCCUCUUGCAAGUGGCAAGGCUCCCUCGAGCAGGUCAUGCCACACCUCAUGAGCGUCCACAAGAGUAUCACCACUCUCCAAGGAGAGGACAUUGUGUUCUUGGCAACAGACAUCAAGCUGCCAGGUGCAGUGGACUGGGUCAUGAUCCAGAGUUGCUUCAGCCACCACUUUAUUUUGGUGCUGGGGAAGCAAGAGAAGUUUGAUGGCCACCAACAGUUCUUUGCCAUUGUGCAGCUCAUUGGGUUCAGGAAACAGGCUGAAAACUUUGCAUACAGCAGCUUCUCCCUGCACCGAGCACCGCCAAGCAGCACCAGAGAGGCACGAGUACGUAAGAUUCCUCAAGACCUCUUCAUCGACAUUGUAGAGUCUCUUCGCCAACACCGAGGACAGCACCGCCUGCCUGCCACCUCCCUUGGUCUUCAAGGCUCGUCAGUUCAAGGACCAUCUCUCUCUGCCAAGUUCGAGUGGGAUCUGACACUUGGGGACGAGGAAGGCUCGUCACUUCAAGGACCAUCUCUCUCUGCCAAGUUCGAGUGGGAUCUGACACUUGGGGACGAGGAAGGCUCGUCACUUCAAGGACCAUCUCUCUCUGCCAAGUUCGAGUGGGAUCUGACACUUGGGGACGAGGAGGAGUAUGUGCCGGUGGUGGCCAUCAUGACUUAAGGCUCGCGCUGCUCCGCCACUCUGCUCCACACGGACAAGACGGAACACGAAGACACCUGUGAGUUCCGGCCGUACAUGUGUCCGUGUCCCAGUGCCUCUUGCAAGUCGCAAGGCUCCCUCGAGCAUGUCAUGCCACACCUCAUGAGCGUCCACAAGAGUAUCACCACUCUCUAAGGAGAAGACAUUGUGUUCCUGGCAACAGACAUCAAGCUGCCAGGUGCAGUGGACUGGGUCAUGAUGCAGAGUUCCUUCGGCCACCACUUCAUUUUGCAGGGAAAGCAGUGACAGAAUUCUUCCAACCCAGCUGUGUUUCUCAUACCUCUUGAGAAGCAUUGAAGUAAAUUAAUGUAUAUUUAUAGGAUCUCUCAUGAUUGGAAUUGAAUGGACCAAGACGGAGACUCACCUGGGAAGCCACGCCCCGAUCCAUACACAAAGGCAUCCAAUCAGCCAUCAUGAACUCAGAUUACCUGUAAGAUGGAGGAAAUGUUGUCAACUUAGAGAAAACAUAGUUUAUGAAUCCUAGACAAAUCUUUCCUUCAAAACUUAUGUUCAGAGACAAAAUUCCUAGACAACUUUAUGCUACCAAGUGUCACUGUCAAGACACUCAGCCAAUCAUGGGGAAAGUAGAGUGUGAAAAUGCCUCUUAUAUUUUGUGGAAAUUUUUAUAUUCAUGGUGCAGUUUAGUCAUCUCAUGAAUAGAUAACCAGAGAUGAUUAGCUACUUGAAUCACACACUAUUGGCUUUGUCCUUGUUAUGUAAAAUUUCUAGCAGUCAUUCAUCAUUGGUCUCUAGAGAUUGACACACGUCACGUUCUCUUUUAACAAACUAUUAGAGGGAUGUGUUGUGAAUGUACAUUAGCAACUAGCACUACUAACACUGGCUAAGCCUAUUAGAGAAUUGACGGGGCAUUAUAUGAUCUGCCUGAGGAUUACAAAUUAAAGCUGAAAAAAGAUUUCAUUCUUUAGUUUGUGGUAUUAAAAUUGUUUCUUAAAUUUGUCCGUAGAAAGAUUUAGUACAUAUGUUGCAUCAUUUAUUUUAGGAGUAAUUGUUCUAUUUAUUUUACUAACAUAGUUUCAUUUAAAAAGAAAGCUUAUGUACAUAUGACAUUUUUUGUGCUCCUUUUAAAAGCUUUUGUUAUCUCAUGGGAGUCAAAGCAAAUGCAUAUAUAUGUACUUUAUUUUGUGGUCAAGUAAGACACACCAUGAAAAAUGUGUGGAAAUCUCA